CACUCAGAAGUUGUUUUGUACAAGUAGUGGACAUUUAGUGCAACUAUUUGUGCUCCCAGGGUCGAGAGAAGUCGCUGGCUCGUCUAAAAGUCCUCAUCUUCAGCGUUGUUUUUGCGGUCCAGCGGAAUUGAUUCGUUGCCAUGGGGACAGCGCAAGGUGGCACAUCCAGCGAAGCGCAGCUAAUUAGAGCGUCCCGGUGUUGAUUAACGGCCGCUGCCUCCUCCAGGCGCCGUUCAGCUAUCUGGCUUCGGGAAAAUAAAGUCCUGGUUACAGGGGAGGUGUAAAAAUACUCUCCGCUGCUCUUACAUCAGUGCGCUCCGGGAUAUUUUUGGGAGCUUCUCCCAUUCGCCUCGGAGCGGUUACUGGGUGUCUGUCACAUCCAAGCUCUGAAUUGUCGCCUCAGUGCGGCGCAGAGACACGCAGCGUCCUGAGCUCUCUGCAUGUAAACAUGUACGAGAAGCAGUGAGGAGAAGACUGAGAGAUAAAUAGGAAGCACUGUGGAGACUCUGGCACCAGAAUGACGGCUUGACCGAGUCUCCGUUUGGACAUGGAGGGGACCAGUUCGGUUCGCACAGCGGUGACUGCUGCCCUGAGUGCUGCUGUGUGGCCGGCGGGGGAUCUGGCUGGGUUUGGAUAAAUGGCGCUUUUAUUACGCCACUGGUCACCACAACAGUUAGAGUUGAUGGAAAACUACGUUAAACUGUAUCAGAGUGUAUUCCAAUGCAUGCUUUCCACAGCAGACAUGGAUACUUACAGAAUAGCUUGGUGAUCAGCUUCUACUAAUUUGUCAAGUAAAGAAUUUUUUUAAUUUUCAAUUUUAAUGCACUUGGGAAAUGUGGAGUGCGUUCAUGAACGGCUCGGGGCUGCACGGUGGGGGCGGUGCCGGUGGGGGAUACGUGCCGUCUCAGGGAUGGGAGUUUGUGCCGUGCUCCAGGAUGGAGAGGGCAGAUAGAGGCAGGGGCAAAAACCGCAGCCCGCUGAGGAGGAUCUCCUCUCCACCCACCGUCUUCAGUCAGAUCUACGAGCCCCAGUUCGGUGCUUCCCCGGGUGGAGGAGAGGGUGGAGCAGGCGCGCAGCUUGAGAUCCUCAGGGGACAAAUGUGGCCCGGUCCUGAACUCCAGCAACAGCAGCAGCAGCAGCAGCAAACGCAACACACUCGGCUCAAAAAGAAAUUUGAAGAUUUGAAAAAGAGACACGUACAGGACAAGGAAGAAUGGAUGCGGGAGAAGGAGUCAUUGUUGAGAGAAGUGGCUGAUAUACAAGUACUUGGGAAUAUUUACCUCCUCUGAAAGCUCUGUGUAUUUAUGUGUGCCCGUUCCGUGCGUCAUUACGCAUGGGAAGGUGUUAAUUAUCUCAGAUGUACUAGUCACAGAAGAUUUGUCAUUUUUGUGGCAUUAUCUUUAAUAUUCCUAGAAUGUCCUCACUAGAUUCAAAUUCAGAAUCUGGCUUCUUAUCAAGCAUUGAUUUCCUUCACAGAUCUUCUGUGUGAUUGUGAUGAGAGGUGUGAUACUGUCAGUGCAUUUAGAGGAGCAGGCAGCUCGUCUGGCAUGUUUGAUUGACAAGGUUGCUGCCAACUGUGUUUCCACGCAGGGAGGAGAGAACAGGAGGAUUCUGCUGGACCUGAAGACGGUUUUGGAUGAAGUGCAGGCGGAGGUGAAGAGAGAGGAGGAGAAGAGGAGCGAGCUCCAGCUGCAGUACACCAGAGACAGAUGUGCCUGGGAGCUGGAGAAGGCUGAGCUCAAAUGCAGGAUUGCGCAGUUGGAGGGUAGAGAAGCUACCACGGUGGCGAGUGGAGGGCUUCAGUCAGCAGCAGGAUCCGGCUCUGUGUCAUCACGGAGUCCUCGAGAACAGACCGGCGAGACCUCGACGUUCCGCAGGGACAGGGAAGAGCAGCGCAGGAUCCUGGCCGACACACAUUCAGCAGCCAUGGACCUGCGCUGCCGCCUGGAGCACAAUGAGAAGGACUGGUUGAGGGAGAAAGCCGAGCUGCUGGAGAGGUUCAACGUGGAGAGAAGAGAGUGGGAGAGUCAGCUGAAGGAUAUGCAGAAGAAAAUAGAGGAGCUGCACUGUGAGGUCAGAACCAAAUGUGGGGGACCCGGACGGGACAGCGGACGGCAGGAAGACGACGACAUUGUGAACAGGCUCAGCAUACGUUCCACCAGCACCGGCUCCAGUUUGCUCAGUGACAGCAGUCAGUCAGAACCAAACAGAAAUCCACCGGUACCGGGCUUCAGUCACAACAGAAACAUCAGUGGUGACGGUGUUUGUCGUAGCAGAGACAGUCAGCAGAGCUCCUGUUUCCAGGCGGAUGGCUUCAGUGAAUUUAAUGUUGGUGGUCAGUUCACUCAGAAUGAUCAUUCACAAACUCAGCUUGUGGAUGAAUUGAGAUCCAGAGUCGGUGAUUGUAAGGAAGCUGUGGAUACAACAGAGCUGGAUGCUAUUUUUCACGGCCCUCCCGGAUGUGCAGUAGCACCGGAAUACGCCUGUAAAGGGAAUGAAACAAGUGUUCACGCUGAUCCUCAAGAACGUCCUGUUUGGGCUGGACUGACUUACGCCAGUGAAAAGAAGAAGAACACCACUGCUCUCAAUGCUGCUCUGAAGGAGAUCGCUCGUGUGAGUGAGGAGCUUUGUAGCUACCAGGAUGAGAUCAGAAAGAAGAGUGGAGAUAAGAGGAAUCGAUCUGAAUCCAUGUGCCUACCUGGGGAAAGUGAGAUUGUCUUUGGUCAAGAUAAAACCUGCCGGGAGGUAGAUGAAGCUCCUUGCGACCUUAGCCAGAUCUACGAUGACCUUCGGGCUUUGGAGAGGGAAAACUGGAUCACUUUGUCACCAGAUAACACCUGGCAGGCCAACAGAGGGCUGAGUGACAACUGGACAGGAAACUCUGCUGAUCCAGAGAGCUACAGAGGAGAACAGACGAGCCCUGGAGUUCACUCUGAAAUGGAUACAGCCGCCCCACCCAUCCCUCCCCGCACCUCCUCCUGGAAUCUGAGCUCUCAUCAAGAAACAGAACUCCACAUCCCAGAAUCCCCCAUGGCGACGGCGAGGAAGUGCCACAGCCCUUGUGUUCUGGUGGACAGAAAGUGCAGCAGCCCAUCUAUUGUCAGGAAGUUUGAGGCUAUGCUGCAAGAAAAUGAAGGCAAAGUUUUCAUAGACGGUGUGAUGGCCUCAUGUUCUGUGCCGGCAAACUCUAACUGUAAUACAGGCUGCUGCCACAACCGCUGGUCCUGUGAUGCAAGCAAGUUCACGAGCAAUAAGUUAUCUACGUACGAGACUGUCCAGAAAAGCUUCUCUGAAGUCAACAUACUGAGUGCUGGGAAAGACCUGCGCUCAGAUUACAGACCUGGUGUUAACAUAAAAAGUCCUGAGCUACAAAUGCCUUCAGUUGUCAGAGAAUUACCUGUAGAUUUGCUGUUGUCCUCUCUGGAAAUAACACCUGUCAGCCCCAAACUCCAGGGCUCCAGAAGAAACAUAAUGCUGGAACAAAAAACAGCAGAGUUCAAUAGAACUUUGUUUCAGGCUGAGAUGGGCCGUGGCGUAGAGGAGCACAACACUUUCACUGUAACAGACCCCUGCUCUGUGGGUUUCCGGCCAAUCCUGAAGGCAUCAGAGGAAGUUAUAUCUCCCAAAGAGAGUAAAUUUCAGCUACACUGUACUGAUGUCAUCGCUAACAUCAUGGAUGCACAUCCUGAAGUGACAUUACCUCUCUCCAUCUCAGAACCCAAAAUGGAUAACCCCGAGGUCCAACCGAGGCGAAUGAGAUGUGCUCCUGAAGUCCAAGAGGUCAAGUUAAAGCAGGAAACCCCUCCGCUCUUCUCACCUGAACAGCCACAGGUUGGACUCAGGGAGGCUACAGUAACCUCUCAGAGUGCUGCACUCCAUUGUGAGGUCAAACACAAAGCUCGUACAGCAAGCAGUCCUUCCAGAAAAACACAACACAGAGCAGCCACAGAAGCUUUUUCAUCUGAGUCUGUCUUGCCUGUAAACAUCCAGCCAGGUCAGGCUGCCGAUGAUUUCAGCCCUAAGAAGGAGGAUCCUCAUGGAGCAAAGCCUCACACAGCCAGAGCUGAUGUCGCACUCCAGCAGACAUCUACUGAGAUAAAACAAAGACAGAUGACACAGCCAAGACAUGCUUCUGACUCCUCCAGAACUGGGCCUCGAAUGAUGAACGACCAUCCCUGGAAGCCCCUCACUCUUGCUGCAUACCCCCGGCCUGAGGGAUCCAGGUCCAACUACGGCGCAGUGGAAAGGAUCCUGAAGAAUUAUGAGAGCGCAGCUCGAGCACAACAGAACGAGGUGGCUUCAAGCCCUAACUUCAACGCUGGGCAGGAAGAGAACUUCACAGAACUGGACAUGCUGGACAUGGACCCUCUGCCUUUGCCUGCUAGUCUGAGACACACACAGAUGUCACACGCCUCACAGACACACACCACACAUGCACAGCUCAGCAGCCACAAUGCCAUGGGUGUGAAGGAGAUGCAACUCAUAGUGCAGGAACAUGACGGACCUUCUGUCUCAUCUUCCUCCGUCCAGAAGAACUUUUCGAGGCCGGCCCGUCCAGCCAAUCGUCGCCUCCCGUCCCGCUGGGCCAGCCGCUCCCCCACCUCGUCCUCCUCCACCUCCUCCUCUCCUUCGUCCACCCCCGUCGUGCCUCCAUCCUUCCCCCUCCAGAAACACACUUCCUCCUUCACUUACUCACACGCCUUUCACAUAGAGACGGUCAUCAUUUGAUCUCCAUUGCACUGUGUGUUUGAAACAACCAGAAGCCUUCAGUGAUAAUAUCUGAACUUGGACCCUUCCUUUUUGCUCUUUUUACUGUUGUAUAUACCAAAUCCAGACUGCUUCUCCACUAUUACAGACUCAGAAGUGCUUUAGUUGUGAGUUCACCUCACUCUUAGAAUGUACGUGGCAUCCUGUGGAGCCUAGCUGACCAAGAAAGGCAAGAAAAGGAUCUGAAGCUACUUCAGUUAUUCAGCAGUUCGCUCCGAGUAACCUGCCAGGAAUCAUGCAUACCACCAGAGGACAGUGAAAACAGAACUUUCCAAAGGAAGACCUCAGCCAGUGUGUCAUUCAUUCAUGCCAACCAUCUGAAUGGAUAUCUUAUGCUCAGGUCUGGAUUCUAGCUUUGACUAGUGUAGCCUUGUAUAUCUACCAACAAAAGGACCCUUCACUACUCCCUCUGUCCUGUAUUUACUUAAAAUGAAUGCUAGUUCAUGUUAAAAUGAUCUACAAACUUUCAGCCAAGUCAAAACCAGACUGAUGUAUUUAUGAUGUACUUUAUUUUGUAUUUUGCGUGCAGCAUAUUUGUGUGCUUUUUGCACUAAAUAUGAUGUUACAUACUCCAGAUGCAGCAUCUUGUUGCAUACAGAGAUAAAGACAGCGGAGCAAAGAUUUCCUCUCGCGUUAUUUUCUCAGUGCUGAAUAAAGCAGCGUCGGUUUUUCUGCCUUCUUGAAUAUCACCUACAGUAAAUGCCUGGACUGUACCUUGCCUGUGACUAUAACAUUUUGCGUUGCUUUCAUGUUUGGCUUUACAUUUUUCAGAAUUAAGCAAAAACAACAUUUACUUGACAUCAACAGAUAGAUGUGAGUUCCUUCUUUUUUUUUUUAUAACUUUGUACCAAAGGCUGGUUUGUUAUCCAUUUUCCUGAUUUGAAAAUGAAAUGCAUCGUUAGUAAUUGCAUUUAUUUCUUCUGUCCAUCCACUGCUGUUGUUUUCCAAACAAAUGUAUGUUAAACCUCAUCCAAGAGAACCUGCUUUUUUUUUGCUUAACAUACUUAAUGAUGCUUAUAAAUGAUAAAGAAAAGCCUUUUUUCUACUUUUACUAAUUGUGAAUGGUCACAUAUCAGGACAUUACUCAGCUGAGUAGUUCAGUUUUUUUGAGUCAAAGUGAUGAAUCAUAUGAUGAAGGUGACGCCUUUGUUGUUCUUUUUGUGUAAUAAACAUAAGGACAUAA